AUGGACAGUGCCAGCAACAGCAAGAAAAGGAAGAUUUUCAACGAGGAGGAUGAAGAAGAUGAUGAUGAGAUCAAAAUGGAGAAAUUCUUCGCCCUCGUCAGAAGCAUUCGAGAGAGCCGCGAAAAGCUGAUCAAGUUCGGCUCAGAUGCGUGUGGGGAGACACAAAAUGGGAGCGACAAGGUAAUUAAGAAUGGAGUGGGAGUUUGGAAGCCCCAGUUUGAAAUAGAAGAUUUCAUAGAAGCAAAUCCUCAUCAUCAUCAGAAUCGAAGCCAAAAACAUCCUCCUCUGCACUUCUCUCUAGCAGAUCAUGCGUCUCGUGAUAACAAGAAAGCGGCAGACGAGGAAAGGGAGGCAGAAAAGGGCAUGAAUCUCAACCUCUCGCUUUGA